ACAUUUUACACCAGCGAAGAAGAAGAAGAAGAAGAAGAAGAAGAAGAAGACGACGACGUCAGCCGGAAGUCGGAAGUGGGAGCGGCGGUUGCUAAAGGUCUCAAACAUGGCGGGCAGGCGCGCUCUGAAGGCUGUGCUCAUCGACCUGAGUGGUACUCUACAUGUGGAAGAAACGGCGGUGCCGGGGGCGCAGGACGCCCUGAAUAGGUUACGAGAGGCGUCCGUAGCUGUGAAGUUUGUAACCAACACAACAAAGGAAAGUAAGAAGCACUUGCUGGAACGAUUACAUCGCCUCAACUUUGACCUCCAGGAAGAGGAGAUCUUCACUUCACUGAGUGCAGCGAGGACUUUGUUAGAGCAGAAACGACACCGACCGCUGCUGCUGGUGGAGGACAGCGCCCUGCAAGACUUUACUGGUAUUGAAACCUCGGAGCCAAACGCUGUCGUCAUUGGACUCGCUCCAGAACAAUUCAACUAUCAAACACUCAACAAGGCUUUCAGACUGGUUUUAGAUGGCGCUCCUCUCAUCGCCAUCCAUAAGGCGCGGUACUACAAGCGUAGGGAUGGUUUGGCCCUCGGUCCCGGGCCCUUUGUGGCGGCCCUUGAGUACGCAACAGACCGUAACGCUAUUGUGGUGGGAAAGCCAGAAAAGUCUUUUUUUGCUGAGGCUCUGUCUAAUUUGGGCUGCAACCCCAAUGAAGCCGUCAUGAUAGGCGAUGAUGCCAGGGAUGAUGUGGGCGGCGCCCAGAACGCAGGAAUGUUGGGAAUUCUGGUCAGAACUGGUAAAUACAGGGAAGGAGAUGAGAGAAAAAUCCACCCUUCUCCCCACCUGACAUGUGAGAGUUUCCCAGAAGCUGUGGAACACAUCCUGAAGAACAUGCUAUAAGAUACUUACCAAAAAAACUCCAGUUUAAUUUUUCAAAUAAAAAAAAUAUUUUGGGAGCAACGGUAUUUCCUUCUCUUUCUGAUAUCAAAUAUUCCACCCAAAGUUUUAUCAUGAGGACAAAGAGUGCAUACCAUUGUUAAACCUACCAUAGCAAUGAUUAAAAAAAAAAUGUAUGUGUGAGAGCUUAAAAUGUGUUAUUUAUCCAAUAAAGAGCACAAUAUUA